AUGGGUGCAAAAAUUAAGAAUAACAAAGAAUCAGAUAACCCACGUACACAGGACAUUGGCGCAAUCCGUCUAUUGGUCACGGUGAAAGAAAUUAAAAUCCCCGUACCAUGGGGCCACGUUGCUGGGAAAUUAUGGGGAGACGCGGAUAGACGCAGACCAAUACUUGCACUGCAUGGCUGGCAAGACAACGCUGGCACUUGGGAUACCCUGGCACCAAUGAUUUGUGAUAAAAUUCCAAUAUUAGCAAUCGACUUCCCUGGACAUGGACUGUCGUCGUGGCAUGCGCCUGGUAUCCAAUAUUAUCCAUGGGAGACCGUUCGAUUAAUACUAUAUAUAAAAAAAUACUACCAAUGGGAUAAAGUGACUGUUCUAGGUCAUUCUAUGGGAUCAAUAGUUGCGACACGAUAUGCCUGCCUAUUUCCAAAUGAUUUAGAUUACUUGAUUGCAUUAGAUUGUCUUUUCCCUGAGGAAUAUAAUAUCAAACAAUUCGUAGAAAAUUACCCAAGGAUUAUUAGUAAACUUCAUCAUCUACUAGAGAAACCAUACUCCGAACCACCUUUGUAUACAUACAACGACAUCAUACAUAAAUGGCAUGAAGGCUCGAAUAAAUCUAUUUCGUUGGAAAGCGUCAAGGUCCUUGCGAAGCGAGGUAUUCAAAAAUCUUUAAAUGAUCCUGAAAAAUAUCAUUUCAGUAAGGACGGUCGUAUAUCAUACGCAUAUUACGACUUCGAGGAUAAAUAUUUUUUAGAGGCGUUCACAAUGCGUUUGAAAUGUCCAAUCCUAUUCUUAAAAGCAAUUCAUUCCCCAUUCUCAACGAGCAAAACAUUUGCAAGAUUAGAAAAAACUAUAGAAGAAAACAAUCCCAAUUUCGAAAAACAUUUGAUCCCGGGUACACAUCACGUACAUUUGAAUAAUCCAGAUAUAGUAAUCCCGCACAUCGAAAAUGUUUUACGAAAAUAUAAACUGAUAUAA